AUGCAAGGAAACCAGGGCCCCCGUGGUGAACAGCAGUAUCAUGGCCCAUCUAGACACCAGAUGGAAAACCAGAAAUACCCUGGAGCCAACAGCAAUGGACAGCAUGCAGAUGAGCAGGAGAGCCCAAGUAAGAUAGGGUUAAUUGACUCCUGAGCCCUGUAUUGGAAGGAAAUGAAAUCAUACAGUAUUAGAGAUUCUAAUCUUUUGCUUCUCUGUAGAUGCGGGAAUAACCAUAGAUCUACAAAACUUCAGGAAACCUGGAGAGAAGACUUACACUCAGCGUAGCCGUCUGUUUGUGGGAAAUUUACCAACUGGUGUUACAGAGGCGGAGGUGGAGAAGUUGUUUUCCAAGUAUGGCAAGGCAGCUGAGAUUUUCAUCAACAAGGACAGGGGGUUUGGAUUCAUUAGACUGGUAAGUAGCUAGUGUAGCGGAUGACCAAGUGCUUCACUACUGCCUUCCUGAGAUCUAGAAGUACUGUAACCCCCAGAUUCAGAAUUGCCUUAGCUUUCUGGGUCAGUUAUAUUGACAGUGCCUCUUGAGUUUUUGUUACAGUGAGGAAGGUCAUAAGUUUGCACCCCGGUUGGGGCUGAAUUUCCACUCUGUCACAGUAGCAUGUUCAAGGGAUGGAAGUUAUAUUCCUCAAUCCUAAAUGAAUGGAAAAGCGUUCAUGUUCUUAUUUGAUCCUUUUCUACCAACAGGAGACAAAAACAGUGGCUGAGAUUGCUAAAGCCGAGCUUGAUGACACCUCAUUCAGAGGCAGACAGUUGCGCGUGCGAUUUGCAACACAUGGUGCUGCUCUAACUGUGAGGAAUUUGCCACAGUUCAUUUCCAAUGAGCUCCUGGAAGAGGCUUUCUCUGUCUUUGGCCAGAUUGAAAGGGCCAUAGUUAUAGUGGAUGAUAGAGGGAGACCCACAGGAAAAGGGAUUGUGGAAUACACAGCCAAGCCUGCAGCAAGGAAGGCUCUGGAUAGGUGUGCAGAUGGAGCCUUUCUAUUGACUGCGUAAGUAUCGGGUUGUAAAUAAAAUAAAAACAUGUAAUAUUUCAAAUGCAUUUUGUUGUAAUGUUUUCAAAAUGGGAGAAGUAAUGCUGAUUGUUUUCCACUUUUCAGAUUCCCCAGGCCAGUGACAGUCGAGCCAAUGGAGCAGUUUGAUGAGGAUGAGGGACUGCCAGAGAGGAUUGUUAACAAAAACCAAGUGUUUCACAAGUGAGUAAUCAUAGUUUUGGGUUUUGGCAUACUUUCUCCAAAUGCAUGGGUCAGAACUGUGCUUAGAACAAUCUCACACCAUGCUGCCGAAAAGAGGUACAAUCCAUGACAUUUAAGUGUUUCAUAUUGAGCUGGUUUUCUUGUGUAAAAUCUCUCUACCAGGGAGCGGGAGCAGCCACCGAGAUUUGCCCAGCCAGGGACAUUUGAGUAUGAGUAUGCCAUGCGCUGGAAGGCCCUGAUGGAGAUGGAGAAGCAACAGUAUGAGCAGGUGGACAGGAACAUCAAGGAGGCUCAGGAGAAGCUGGAGCAAGAGAUGGAGGCAGCCAGACAUGAGCACCAGGUUAUCCUGAUGAGACAAGGUAUGUAUGGUCUGGGUCCACUCUACAGACACCUUAUCAAUCCAAGGUUAAGGACACUAAUAAACACAAAACAGGCUGUCCUAUGGAGAAAUGUAUGUAUUUCUUAUAGUGUCUUACCACCAGAUUUAGCCCAGAUAUCAAUCUCAUACACCGCUUGAAUGCAAUCCUGUUGGCAAUUGAUUCAUAUGGUAUAGGUCUUUUGACUAGGUUACUAACAAACGGGGUGUUCAUCUCAUUACAGACCUGCUAAGGCGUCAAGAGGAGCUGAGGAGAAUGGAGGAGCUCCAUAACCAGGAGAUGCAGAAGAGGAAGCAGAUGGAGCUGCGUCAGGAAGAGGAACAUCGCAGGAGGGAGGAGGAGAUGAGGAUGCACAGUGAGGAGAUUAUGAGGCGGCAGCAGGAGGGCUUCAAGGGGAACUUCCCUGGAAAUGUGAGUCAUUGCUAUUUGACACUGGUUAAAUACACUGAUAAAAAAAAAUAUAUAUAUAUAUAUAUAAUCAUUAUUACUCUAUACACAGAAAUGAAAGUUGCCUAAAUGUUUCUAAGCAUCUUUGCAAUUGUGUUUGUGGCUGAGCAAUCGGAAAAAGGACCAUUAUUCACUAAAACAAUAUUUUGGUUGCUUAUUCUAAGCUGUCAAUUGUUUAAUCUAUCUGAUUAAAUAAUGCCUUCCUGAUGUGUUAUAAUUUUUCUUAGCGGGAGCAGGAGAUGCGGAUGCACAUGCAAGGUAAGGUUUCCAUUAGCUUUCAGAUCUUCACUGAGCUAUCAAGGGUAGUGGUCACCAUGUUAUCUAGUAUAUACAGUGGGGUCUGGAAUUAUUGGAUCCCUUGAUAAAGAUAAGCAAAAAAGACUGUAAAAUAAAUAAUUAUAUUGAAAAGAACAGAAACAUUUAUAAAAUAUGGAAAAUUAUAUUUUAUACUAAUACAAUUGCUCAGAGAAAGAGAUUGUUUUAACAAGUAAUAAAUAAAUACAAAAAAGCUCAAAGAUCAAGGUCAAAAAUGAUUGGAUCCUCUGUUUUCAAAACUCCAGCACCCUCCCCUUGCGAGGAUAACGACACUGAACCUUUUUCUAAAUGUUUUAUGAGAUUGGAGAAAACAUUUGGACCAUUUCUCCAUACAGAAUCUUUCCAGAUCCUUGAUAUCCUUCGUCUGCGGUAUGGACUGCCCUCUUCAAUUCCAACCACAGGUUUUCAAUGGGGUUCAAGUUCGGAGACUGAGAUUGCAAGAUGUUGAGUUUGUGGACAAUUAACCAUUUCUUUGUGAAUUUGAAUGUGUGGUUGGGGUUAUUGUCUUGCUGGAAGAUUCACUUGCGGACAAGUUUCAGCCUCCUGGCAGAGGCAACCAGAUUUAUGGCUAGAAUGUCCUGGUACUUGGUGCCGUUCAUGAUGCUGUUGACCUUAACAAGGGCCCCAGGACCAUUGGAUGCAGAAUAACCCCAUAAAAUCAAAGAUCCACCACCAUAUUUUCCAGUAGGGAUGAGGUAUUUUCUGCAUAUGCAUUGUUCUUCCACCAUUGGUGUGCGUGGCCAAAGAGCUCUAUUUUUAUGUCAUCUGACCAUGGCACUGCCUGGAGUUUGCUAAAUGGCAUUGUCACUCAGAUUGGAAUCAGUGCUAUGGUCAUAUGACACAAAUAUAGGUAUUUGGCCGCCACGCACACCAGCGGUGGGUUUGGCCUUUGAAAGAACAAUGCAUAUGCAGAAAAUACCUCAUCCCUACUGUAGAACAUUUACAUUUUGCGAUGGCCAUUUGUCUCUGAACUUGAACCCCAUUGAAAACCUGUGGUUUGAAUUGAAACAGGCAGUCCAUAAGCACAGACGAAGGAUAUCAAGGAUCGGGAAAGAUUCUGUAUGGCGGAAUGGUCUAAGAUCCCUCCCAAUGUGUUCUUUUGACCCCUAUCUUUUUUAGAUAUAAAAAAUAUAUAAACUUGUUAAACAACAAUUUUAGCAUACAAUACAGCUCAGUAUUUCUUUAUUUUAGUAUUUUAUGCUCAUCUUUAUCAAGAGAUCUAAUAAUUCCUGACCCCACUGUAUUUUAUUGGUUUGCUGAUGUGCUGACUUUUGGUUUGGUGUAGGUCAAGGAAUAAACAGAAACUCGAUGGGUGGUGGUGAAGGAAACCCCAGCGGGCCCAUCCCUGGAGCUGCCAACAUACCUGCUGAGAACCCCCCUUUAAUGGUAAUGUCAGAGACAUUUUAGAAUAACAAACAAUAUAUUUACAUACCAAGAUGAAUGCAUUUAUUGCGCCAACAGGGAUAGGAUAACCAAAUAUGUAUUUAAUUUAAAAAAUGUAAGUCUCAUGUAAAUAUAUAGCUGCAAGAGACUCUUUCAUUUGUCAUUGUCACUCAUCUUGCGUGUCUUUUCUGUUUUCUCCAGCAGGGAGCAGGAAACAACAACAUGCCCGGAGGAGGCCAGCCUAUCUUCCCAAGAGGGCCUGGCCCUGCAGACUUUGGUGCCAACAAGCGUCGCAGAUUCUAA